CGUACUCCCGUCUAACGGCUCAAUCAUACAUUGACUCUUUCUGUGUAAAAACGUCUUAAAUAAAAAGUGGUUUAUUUUAAGUGGGAGAGAUAUUAAUAAAUCUCCUGUUCAAAUCCCAGAAAAAAUAUACAUAUUUAAAAUAAAGUGCAAAAACAUAUAAAAAUCAAGUGUUGAAAAAAUAUUAAUACGAAUAAUUUGAAUUUACCAAGAAACGAACACCUUGGCUGAGUGAGACAUAAGUGACAUCCUGUGAAUUACAAAAUUUAACAAAAGCAACUGCAACAGCAAUCAAGUAUUAAGUGCAAUUUGAUUUAUUCAAACGUUCCCUAGUACGUUGAACGUGAUCGAAUGUCAAUAAUUCUUGCCGUAGGCCUUUAAACGACAGAGAGACAGACAACGAAAUCAUGGAUAUGAAGAUUAUAACAAUUAUUGUCGCAAUAAUGGUGACAAUUGGGUAUUCUGAGGGAAAAGCAGCUUUGCGACGUAAGCCCAAAGUAUAUAAUGCUUUGAUAACAACAGACGAAGAUUUGGUACAAAGUAGAGCCUACCCAGUGAUACAACCCACAAUACAUGAAUCUGGUAUUGCUCACUAUGGUCCAUACAAUCCAUAUGGUAUUUAUAAUCCACAUGUAGUAAGACUUGCUCAACCAAUUGCACCAGCCUUGACACCGAAGGAGCAGCUACAUUAUCCUUUACCUCCACCGCAAUUUCCGCCUCAAAUUAUGGAACAACCUUUAAUGCCACAACCUUUAUCCGGUUAUCCUCUACCGCAGAAUCCACCAACAGCCCCAGCAGCAGAAAAUCCACAAGCAGCUUCAAUCCCACCUACAGGAUUGGAAGAGCAACCGCAGCCUACAGUACAACCCCCGACUUUGGUGAUGCAAUCAGCUCCUGCAGAAUUACCUAAAGAUCCUAAUCAACCUACUAAAAUGCCAUCAGAACAAUUACCAAUACCUCUAAAUCAAUAUGGCUUACCACCUUCACUAAUACCACUUAGACAACCGCAACCAUACAAUCCUCGUGCUUAUCCUUAUGGACCACAACCUUUCCAUUUGCCACCAUACAGAUUCAAUCAAAUUCCUCCUUUGUAUUAUAAUACUUUGCCAGGUUUAAGACAACAAUUUCUACCACCCUAUGACUAUCUGCCAACGGGUCCACAAUUUCCCUUAAGCAAUACAAUACCUACAGACAAAUUAUACCCUCAACCCCCCAGCCAACCGCAGCCAUUACCAACAGCCGCACCUACACUCCCUCCUCUUACUACCGCUGAAGAACCAACCGAAAGUCCAGUACCAUCUACAGACUCCACAGCACCUGAACCGGCUUUUGAAAAUAUCAAAAAUGGCUCAAAAAGUAAAGAUAGCAAUGUACCAGAUGUGCCACCACCACCAAUACCAUCGGGAGCCAAGUCUAAACAAUCUUAAGUUGUCUUAUAUUUAAAUAAUCUUAAAUAUAUUUGUGUAUUGUAUGUAUUAGACGAAUUUUUAUAAGUUAUUAAGUAUUUAUUACAAUUAUUAUAUUUUGGAUCUUCAAGAUACCAUUGAACAUACAUAUAUCAUAAGAAAUCACUAUUAGAUUAAUUAAGAACAUAAAAACGCACCAUAACAAAAAAAAUGUCGAUUUUAAAAAUAAAAAAUAUUGCAAAUAAUUUUGAUACAGAAACGUCUGCCUAAACAAGUGAAUUCUAAAUGAUAAUUGAAAAUUCCUUUAUUUGGUUGUCUAAAAGUGUCACAUUUAUAUUUAUACAUUUCUAAUCUUUAACAAUUAGUAGAAACCAAUUGAAAUGAACACUUUUUAAGUAAAUAACCAAUUGUUUAGUACUAAUAAAAAAAUAAAAAUAUUAAGUAUUAGGGUUAUAGCUAAUUUUUUACAAAAACUUUAAAUAAAUAAUAAAAAUCGUGUUGGCAAUAUUCACAAAAAAAUCUUCUGCACCAAAUGUAAAAUUGUAUAUUUGCAAAAAAUAAAAAAGUGAUCACCUCAUGUACAUAUAGUAUAUACCGAAAACAUGGUAAUGACUUGUACUUGCGCAACAACUUACUUUUCAAUUA